AUGAGUGCGGCCACAGAGGCGCAGAAACGCAAGACGGUGCAGGAUGCGAUCGAUAGGGUGCUGUUCAAGAUCAACGAGCUGGAGGCGAUACUCGGGGAGUUUGACGGCAACAACGAGCUGCUACACACCAAGCUCAAUGAGUACAUAGAGGAGCUGACAAAGCUGGAUGCGGUGAAGGACAAUAUGAUUGGGGCCGGCCAGCAGGCGGAGCUAGCCGUGGAGCUGCUCAGAGCGGUGGACGAGGGCACCAACCCAGACAGCUUCACCGUGCAGCUCUUCAGAGACAGCAUGGCGCAGAACCAGGCCAGCAAGGGCAAGGUGGAGGCGUUCCGCAUGCUGCAGCAGCGGGUAUCCCAGCAGCUACAGCAGGCCUACCCAGCAGUCGCGGCAGACUAUCAGCAGCUGCGGCAGCCGGCGCCAGCAGAGCAGGCGGCGGGAGCGGCAGACCAGCAGGCAACAGCAGCAGCAGCAGCGCCUUCCUGA